AUGGCAGCGAACGGCGCAAGCGGCGGCGGCAGUCGCAAGGACCCCAUCCUGGAUCUGGCCAAGUACAUCGACCAGGAGGUUCGCGUUAAAUUUCAUGGCGGUCGCGAGGUGACGGGCACGCUCAAGGGAUACGAUCAACUGGUGAAUUUGGUGCUGGACGACUGCGUCGAGUUCCUGCGUGACCCGAGCGACGAGUACCGAAUUACGGACGAGACGCGCAAAGUGGGUCUAGUGGUGUGCAGAGGCACAUCCGUCAUGCUUGUGUCUCCCGUGGACGGCACAGCUGAGAUCCCCAACCCAUUCCUACAGCAGGAAGGAUAG